CACUGGACAAUAAAACAUUCGUGAUGAAUGUUUAUGGGCUAACCUUGACUCAAAAUUGUGUUCUUAUGAUCAUAGUGUUCGUGAUAUUACCCUUCCUAGGGUUGCUUUUCUGGCUAGAAAACAAGUUAUCCAAUAACAAUUCCAGUGAGGACAAUCAUUUGAAAGAACACGUGCAGAUCAGUGAUGACAGAAACAACUACAUAUUCUGUGGACAAGACAGUGCACACUGUGCUUGCUCCUUCUGUGGCAGAUUAUGCUCUACAGUUACAACAUGCUCACGCUGCAAAACUGCCAUAUAUUGCUCAAAAACAUGCAAUUUUAAGCACUGGAGGCUUGUCCAUAGAUAUGAAUGUGUUGAGAUUGAAGGGUCAGAGGAUCAGCAAGAAUCACCUUCUCAUGAAUGUCUUAUCAUGGAAAAACACUUAUCAAAUGAAGUUGAGGAGAGAAUAUAUGAAGGAGAUGUUUACUAUAUUGAUGGAGGAGAAAAUAGUGAUGAAAGAUCAUUGAUGUGUGGAAAUGGCAUUGUGAAUGGCAAUGAAGGGUGUGCAGUGUGUGGAAAUCCAAGCUCUAAAGUGUGUUCAAGAUGCAAAGCCAUAAAAUAUUGCUCAAGAACAUGCCAACAUUUCGAUUGGAGAUCAGGGCAUAAGCUUCAAUGUCUUGUUGAGAAGGAAUAUUCAAAUCAGGUUGUAAAUCAUGCGAAUUCGUAUGAAGUGGAAGAUAAUGUUCAUUCAUCUAGUCCUCUCUGCUUGGAAUUUUACUCAGGAAACACCAGUUCCAGGGCCCUGAUUCCAACUUCUUUGUGUCAUGAAGCAACCAAGAAUCCCCAGAAGGUUGAAGAACAAUUGAGAAGCCUAAAAGAAGAAUUGACAAAGAUUAAAGAUGAGAACAAAUGGUUACGAUCAGAGCGUGACGAAUGGGAAGUGAGAACUAGGAAUUCAAUAGAUAGACUUUACAGCUUCAGGAAAGAAAAUGAACACCAGCUUUUUAUAUUGAAGCAUGAAAAUGAAUUGAUGUCAAAUGCUGAGAAGCAAGCAACUCAGAUGGUUAACAGUUUAUCUCGAAGGGUACACUGCUUGCAAAUUGCAGUGGAAAGUGGAGUUGAAGAGAGACAAAAACAAGAAGAAUAUAUACAUAUGCUGCAGAACGAAUGUGCUAAGGUUAAGAUUGAGCUACAAGAACAAAAGAAGAGUGUCCAAAGGCUUACACUGGAGCUUGAAAAGUCUAAAGUUCACGUGAGAGUAACAGAAGACACAAGGCAGAAGUUAGUCAGUGCUUCCAGUGAAAUUCCAACUAUUGAAUAUGCUGCUGGUGCUGAGGUGUCCCAGCCAAUAAGUUUGAGCAGAAACCUAUCCACUACAAGACAGGGUUGUUCGAUUUGCCUAACCAAUGAGAAAAACAUGGCCUUUGGUUGUGGACACAUGACAUGUUUGGAGUGUGGAUCAAAAAUUCGCAAGUGCCAUAUAUGUCGAAUGAAGAUUACCAAUCGUAUUAGGUUGUUUCUUGAUUAAUUGAGGGAAGAGUUAGCAGGUCAUUUGUGCCAUUACAUGUGUUUCUGCAACAUCAUUAAAGAGAAAUGUUUUUCUUUUUCAUUUCGGCUACAUAUGUUUUGCAGUAAGAUCAAAUCUUGACAAUUAGAUUUUACAGUGACAGUCAAGAUUAUUGAUCAAUAAAGGUCCUUUGACCAUGUGUAUAUAUUUCUUGUGUGAAUAUAUCAUA